GAGUUGACCAAAGCAGCCAGGACAGUAUCUUUCCUUCCGGUCCCUCCCAAGGAUCGCUCUCUACUGUCGGCUGUCCCUUCUCUCUCUCUCUCUCUCUCUCUCUCUCUGUGCAGUUCCUGAGGAGAGGAUGAAGCGGAAGAAGUGGUCGGAGCUCGAAGAGCAGACCCUGCUCGACAAGUACUCGGAGUUCUCCAACUCCGGCGCCCUUUCCAAGCUCAAGACCCGGGAGAAGAAAUUCAAGCCCAUCGCCGACCACGUCAACGCCGUCCACCACCUCCAGGACCCCUCCGCCUUCCCCUUCAAGUGGUCCUGGCGCGACGUCUCCAUCAAAGUCCAGAACAUGCGCCACCAGUACCUUGGCGUCAAGCAGAAGAUCAGGGUCUCCAACGACGAGUUCAACUGGAAGGACGGCGAGAACCACUGGGAGAACUUCCUCAGGUACAAGCAGGUCUUCGGGGAUGUCGAAUUGGAGGUGAAAGGUAAGAAAUCGGGCUGCGGCGUAGAUUUCUUGGGGGAUCAGGGCUUCGCUGACCUAGGUUUGCGGUACGGGAUCUAUUCCGGAGACGAGGAUGAUGAAGAGGAGGAAGAAGAUGAUGGCGACGGCAACGAUGAUGGCGAUGAUGAUGAGGCUGCUGAACGUGGGGAUCGUGAUGGGUACGAAGGCAGAGGAAAAUCGGCCAGCGAGGGUGAUUUCGGGGAAGAGUUGCAAAUUCAAGAAUCGGGAAAUGUUGUGUCGAGGAAAUCAAAGAAAGGUUUUGGCUUCAGCUUAAACAAGAAAUUGGGGCUCUUAGGGGCGCAGGCAUUGGAGCUGAGAGAUGUCAUGGUGAGGAAAGAGGAGAAGAGGAGAGAAAGGGAGUUCGGGAGGGAGAAAAGCUCCAUGGACAGACAAGAGAAGAGGAAGGAGAUGGAGUUUCGGAGAGAGAUGAGGCAGAGCGAGAGGGAGGAGAGGGUGGAGAACAGAGAGCUGGAGUUGGAAGAGAGGGAGCUGAUGUGGGCAAGAAGGGAAUUCAACAAGAGGUUGAGGCUAGAAAGGGAAUUCGAGGAAGAGAGGCGGAGGAGGAGGAGGAUGGAAGAGCGGAGAGAGGAAGAGGAGAUGGAAUGGAGAGAGAGGUUGAUAGGGAUGCAAAUGGAGCACGAGAAGGCUAUGAUGCAGAUGCACGCGGAGGCCUAUCAGAACCAAAUGCAGAUCGUCGGGGUUAUGGCUCGGUUGGUCUGUCAGUUCUUUGGGUCGACACACGAUGCCUUGGCUGGUGGACUUGGCGGGUUGCCCCCUCAGGUUUUACAGAAUUUGCAGCAUCAUCCUGGGGAUUUGGGAGAUAAUGGGAAGCCCGAUGCUAAUUCUCCCUCAGAAUUCAUGUAGAUAAACCUGAAGGAUAGUCAUGGGUUCUGCAGAUUUUCGAUGCCGAGUGAUUAGGAUCCUGGGAAAGAAGCGUGUGUUGUACGAGCAAAGAGGGCGCAUCUGCAUCAUAAGUAAUUAAUUAUCCUCUUGUACUUAUCCAGAAAACAAUCCUCUUGUCGGACUGGAGAGUUUACCUGCAGUUCUUAUCCUAGCUUAACAUUAGGACAGGUUACCAAAGUGAAAUAUUUUAUCCGACUGUUCCUCCACCUUCUCCGUUUCGGCUGUUCAUUCAACGACUCAUCGCCAGUAGCCUCAUUAGAAAUGUAAUAUGAUCCUGGGUCUCUUUUUUCCUGGCUGAGAAGGAGAAAUACUGUCCGGACAGUGUUAUUUCUUUUCA